AUGUGGAAGAAGAAGCACGAUAAACGCAUCACAGCCGGAGAAACAGAAGCACCAAUUCAAUCUCUCCUAACAACAACAACAAUAACAACAGCAACGAAGAAAAUGUCGACUGCCUCAACCGCCACCCCCAUAACAACCCGCCGUUUCUUCCAGCCCAAAUCUCACCGGCCAGCCCCAAUCGAUACCUCUGGUACCACCACCACCACCACCACCACCACCAUCACAGCCAACUCCACCGCUACCACCAAUAGCCCCGUUUCCUACCUCCACUCUGGCCAGCGCACGAAUUCCCCUCCCCUCAUGGUCACUAGCCCAACUCAAUUCCAUCCCCCAACCCCUACAUCCCCCUCCACCUCCACUGCCCCAACUCCCACCACCCACUCGGCGCACAAGCGCUACUCGAGCCCAUACACGCAUACCAAACGCAAAAGCAGUGGCGGCAGCAGUCUCAGUGAGAAUAGACGAUUGUCGGGCACUGUUAAUUAUUGCGGGCGCCAUGGGAAUGAUUGGUUGUUUGGAGGGUUUAGUGUGCGGGAGAGUGUAGGGAAGCUUUUGAAUGGGGGCAAUGAGGGGGAUGGGGGGGGGAAUGAUGGGAGAGUGAGGAGGGAGUAA